AUGGCUGACCUCCACGGAAUCAUGGUGGCCCUGAUCACCCCCUUCACCGAUGACCAGACCAAGAUCGACGAAGCCCGCCUCCAAGCCCACAUUGAGCACCUCAUCAAGGCCGGCGUGCACGGUCUUGUGCCCGGCGGCAGCACUGGCGAGUUCACAGUCAUGACGACCGCCGAGCGCAAGCAGCUUACCGAGCUCUGCGUCAAGUUCGCCGCCGGCCGCGUCCCCGUCGUCACAGGCACAGGCAGCACAUCCUCCGCCGAGGCCAUCGAACUAUCCAAGCACGCCGGCGAAGCCGGUGCCGCCGCCGUCAUGGUCGUGCCCCCCUUCUACGACCCUCUCAACCUUGAGCAGCUGCACGAGCUCUUCCAAGAGAUUCACAACGAGUCCAAGCUGCCCAUUAUGUUCUAUAAUAUCCCCAGUGCUUCAGGCCUGAAGCUCACACCCGCCGAGAUCGCCGGUCUAUCCAAGGUCGGCGUCAAGUAUAUGAAGGAUACAUCUGGUGAUGCGCCUGCGCUUACCGAGCUGCUUGUUGGCUACUCUGAUAAGAUCACUGCUUUCAACGGCUGGGAUAGUCUUACCUUCUUUGGAUUGGCUUCCGGUGCCCCUGGUGGUGUCUGGGGUGCUGCCAACUUCAUUCCUGAGUUGGCUGUUGAGCUUUACGAGGCUGUUUCUGUUCGCGGUGACCUGAAGCGUGGCCGUGAGCUUUGGGCUAAGGCUUGGCCUAUUUGCAAGUUCUUGGAGUCGCACAACUAUGCUUCUGCUGUUAAGACUGGUGUUGAGCUGAUUGGUCAGCCUACUGGUGGUUUGCGGAAGCCGUUUGCGUUGCUUAAGCCUGAGCUGCGGGCUGAGCUUAAGCAGUUGAUUGAGAAUGCUGGUGUUAAGACUAUUUAA